GGGGUCUCGUUGGAAAUGCCAUGUUUCCUCAUCCCGACUUGCCAGUGACUCCUGAGCACUUGAGAUAGUCCCUGACCUCAGAAGUGUAAAAGGGGAUUUCGGGGUGGGGGCACCUUCAGAUAAAGAGCUGGCUGCGAGUCAGAGCUGAGCUCGGAGGUGGUUAUGUCAUUUACAGGUUUUUAGGUUUGGGGAAAGGUUUCACUCCAAAGUUUAUUCCUUUGGUGGUGUUAACAUGUAUCUGAAGUAAAAGUCAUCCCGUUUGCCUGCUUAGCUUCACAGGGCCGUGGCCACUGGUCAGUCAGGGGACGCUCUCCAUCCCCGUUCCUGAGUGGCUUCUUUCCAGUACAGUCCCUUUGCUGCUCUGAUGCUGUCUUAUUAUGUGACAAGUCUUGGCCUCUGGAAGAGUGGAAGGGGCUUUGCUGGGGAGGCUAAGGAGACAUUUUCUGUGUGUGCAGUGAUGUUGCUGGUGAGCACAGGGCCUGGCAGGCAGGGCAGGUCCAGGAUUCCUGGAAGCCAGGGCUGGAGGGGCCCUGAGUCUCCUGCUGGACCUUGGCAACCCUGCAGGGCCUGUUCCUCCACUGCCAGUCACACCCACUUGCUGAGGGCACACAUCUGGGGGAGCCUGAGGGCUGAGUAACUGUCACCUGAACUCCUAGAUCAUCCUGUCCUGCUGCCCAAGGGAGCUGACAGGACAGUCUGGGGGCUCGUUGGAAAUGCCAUGUUUCCACACCCCGACUCGCCAGUGACUCCUGAGCACAAAGUCCCUGACCUCAGGAGUGUCCAGGAGGGUCCAAGGGGGCACCUCCAGGGUGUGGAGCACAGGUGUCUCCUGGGACUCUGAACACCUGAGUGUGGGGAGAUCAGAGUCCUCAGUUUUGUAGCUGUUCAAGCUUCAUUCCCAGAACUGGGAGGGUAAUUUCCCAGCAGAGACCUGUCCUGGAUGACCUCUGGGCCAAAAAGGCUCAUGUGCCUUAAACACAGUGAAUAGUGGAUUUUGCUCCAAACUUGUGCCCAUCAGGCUCCUCUAGUGACUGCAGGUGUCAGCCUUGCCUGGAGAGGGGGUUCUGGCGACAAAGCGCAGUCCCCAGGGAGCCUGGGCCACCCCCUGGAAGGAGAAGCACCAGCUUGAGGCCACUUUGACAUUACUCCUGGCCCUUCCUGGAGUUGGUCCAUAUUGGGGCUCCAUCCCCAUGACCCCCGGCAAAGGCUGCAGUGUCCUGGCACCUGCGUUUUCCUUUCAGCAUGACUAAGAGUUUCUUGAUCUCAGAGAAUUGUUCUAAAAGUGACUGUUCCAAAGGCCCACCAUUCAGCUGCCGUCUUCAUACAUGUAACCACCCUGGAAUUCUUUGGAUUCUUAUUUCUGGUUGAUCCAUAUAGAAACAGCCAUAGCCUGCCGAGAUGCCCAUCGUGGUAGAGGACAUCAUGAAGCUGCUGUGCUCCGUGUCCGAGAAGAGGAAGAUGAGGGCAGCCGUCAAGCACUCGGGCAGGGGCGCCCUGGUCACGGGGGCCGUGGCCUUCGUUGGGGGCUUGGUUGGCGGCCCCCCGGGACUCGCCAUGGGGGGGGCCGUUGGGGGUCUUUUAGGGGCCUGGAUGACGAGUGGACAGUUCAAGCCAAUUCCUCAGAUCAUAAUGGAGCUGCCGCCCUCGGAGCAACAGAAGCUGGUUAACGAGGCUACGGCGAUCGUUAGGCACCUGGACUGGACGGAUGCUGUGCAGCUGACCACGCUGGUCAUGGGCAGUGAGGUGCUGCAGCAGCAGCUGCUGGCCAUGCUGGUCAACUACGUCAACAAGGAGCUGCGGGCGGAGGUGCAGUACGAUGACUAGGCCUUGCUGCUGGACGGACCUUCCCACUCACGGAAGGCGUCGGGCAGCCCCGCGCGCAGGGGUGACCCAGCGCUUGUGUGUCAUCUGCUGAAGAGUCUACGCUGGGUCAUGUUUGGAAAUAUCCGUGAAGGUGCGUUUGCUGGUUACGAGCGCUGAUGUGAGGCAGGAGCCUGUGAAGUGUGCUGUGGAGAGCCUGCUGUCGCACCGCUGGGUGGACCCGCUCGGCUCCCCUGGCCGCACCAGGACUGUGGAGGAAGGUCACGGGUGUCUCACCGUGCGAGGGUGACUCUGUCCCAAGCAUCUGUUGGUCCGCUGGUUCCCCAGGGUCCCUGGAGCUCAGGAAUUGGGGGCCAGCUGACUCUGGAAGCACCUUGACCUUGUUACUUCCCCACCCUGAGACUUCUGAGUGGCCUCCUGGGGGACCGUCCCGUGCUCUGGCCCUUGUCCCGCCAGCUGUACCCCGGGGUGGGCCUCCAGGAGCUUCCUCUCCCCACCUGAAGUCAUGUUGUUCUGCACUAUGCUGCUUAAAUCAAACACGUUCAGUAAAAACGAUUGCUCUGA